GUGAUUGAAUAAAAAAGUAAAAUGAAGCACAAAUUGAUGUAUAAACAACGAUUGAUAAAAAUGUAAUAAAAAUUGAGAAACAAAUACAUUAAAACGGAAUAAAACAAUGUCUGGAGGUCUCAUUGAUAAAGUUUACAUAGGCUUGGAUAACGCGCCGGCCGCCUUUGAUAUCAAAUCUCGCAUUCUUGGACCAAAUGGGACUAACUUAGAGUACAUAAGAUCCGAAACCGGAGUGGUAGCAGUGUUAAAGAGUGAUAAAUUUGAGCCAUUGCAUCUUGCCUUACACCACAGUAGGUCGGAAUCGUUAGCAGCUGCGCGAUCGUUGGCUCAGAAUCUGAUAGAGACUAUUCGUGCUGAACUAGCUCAGUGGAGCGCCGCCCAGGCCGGCGGGCCGCCGCCUUCCCUGAACGUCCCUCCUCCGCCUCUUACGACGACCGCUGCUCCGCCUCCCGUACCUCCACCUGUUGUCUCUGUUGCCCUGUCAGGUGGAUCAUCACUAACUUCAACAAAUCAAUCUAUCAUUCCACCAGUAGUGAGUGUUGCCGCAGCCCCAUCUUUAAUGACAGUUCGACCACCAACUAUGCUGCAGCUACUACCACAGCAACAAUAUGUGCUCAAUCAAGAAAAUGGACAGUUGAUACCAAUAGUACAGCCCGGAGUUCAAGUUUCAAACACUAACUUUACACAGAUGCCACUGGCACAGCAGUUGGGAGCUUUACCACAAUCCAAUUUUGGCCCUACACAGAUUGUUGAUAUCUCUAAUGUCCAGCCGGUGAAUGUGACACAGCUACGGCUGAGUGGGGUGCCAUCAUCAAUGUCAAUGAUACUGCCCAAUGGGUUGACAUUUCCACAAGCAUCAUUAACAGGUGGAGAUUCCACAACUGUGUGCUCUGCAACGGCCACACCAGUUGUAUGUGCUGCGCAGGGAACCAGUUCAUCUCAAAAAAUAUUUUACAGUACUGACAAAGGUGACAAGGAUAUUAGGUAUCAUAUUCAAGGCACAGACAUGCAGUGGACAAUGCCUGGGGCACAAACUAUGAUCAUACCAUAUCAACAGUUACAAGAUUUAACAGCCAACCAGACUGGCUUGACAAAUCUACAACCUCAACAAUUUGUUUCUAUUUCACCGGCAAAUAGUUUCCAACAAGCUACCUUACCACUGUCUCACUUUCAGCAGCUUCAAGGAUCUGGUACAAUAAUGCACCUCAACCAAAAGCCAAUGGCAAGCAGUGCUCCUCUAAUAAACAUUAUUUCAACCGGCCAAGCCUCCUCUCCACAUAUUCUGACUAGUUCCUCAACAACAAAAAAUGUUUCCUCACAUGAGUCAAGAGGUCAGAAGCGAUUGUCAGAUGGAACUCCAAACCAAUUGCAGUUGAGACCUAUAGCACCUGCGGGGUCGCACGGCCAGGACAAAGGCGCGACCAGAGACUCGCGCUCGUGGACUCCAGUCGCAGCUCACGUUUUGACAGCUAAAGACAACACAAUGGUCAGUAUGGGAAUGAAAAUAAACCCAGCGCACGGCACCAUCAUUCAUAUGUCUUCUGGACAGCAGACGAAUGUAUCCACAUCAGGGAUAACGCAAGAUGGAAUGUACAUAAAGCAAAUAGAUAGAAAUUCUAUCCAAAUCCAAACGAGUAAAGACGGCAAACAAGACUUGAGUAAAAUACAGAACAAUAAUGUUCAAAUGAUAAGCGUACCACAGGGUAUGACAGUACUCCAGAAUCCAAUCAACAUCAGUCAGAUGCCGACUGUUAUUGGACAACCUAAUAGCCAGGUCUACAUGAUACCAACGAAUCCACAAAAUUUAGUCCACAAUACUUUACCUCCAGGACUACUUGGCCAACAAAUACUUCAAUCAGGACAAAAUGUGACAGUUGUUCAACCUAACCAGCUGGGUAUGCCAGGCGGUGUUCAGUAUAAUAUGCCGAUUAUGCCAAUGAAUAUGCCUCCCAAUUCCCAAUUCAUGCCCGGUGGAUUGAACCUUAACGCUCAAUUGUCAGCGCAACAAUUGAACGCAGCCCUUGCUGGUCAGCAGUUAACUAACCCAAAUCUGAACGUUUCAGGAACAAUUCCAAUCGUUCAAUCAGCCCCUCCCCCAUCUUCUCCAUUGCCUAAUGCUCAAACAAUACCAGUAUCACAGCCUCCACCGAUGCAGCAAAUGCUCCCUCAAAGUUCUUCUUAUAUGACACCUACCUCGCAAUAUUCUACUCUUCCACCUCAAUAUAUAAUGCAAUCAAACCCUGGAAUGACGAUUCCAGUAUCAAGUCAAAACGUGCAAUAUUCAUUACCUAAUCAGGAAAAUACUGCCCCGCCUACAACUGGCAAUGGCCAAUCCAGUUCCACUGAUACGGACUCCAGCAACGGAGCCAACAACCAAACAAACUAUAUAUCGUCAUCUUCACAAGAAGGGUACUCUAUUGCUGGAAAUGCGGCGGCACCGAACCAGACGCAGUCCUACUCGGAAGGAAGUACGACGCCUACUGCCACAUAUACGCAAACGAAUCAGACUGUGCCACAGCAGAGCUAUGGGACGACAAAUGGCACAUCUCAGACUCAAACAUACAACGGUAGCCAGCCGAGCACGCAACCACCCACUUACCCGACGAAUGGUUCCACUCCACAAACUUCAAACCCGUCUUAUGCCACUGGAAAUACGUCCAUAUCUCAAAGUACGACGCAAACUAACUUCUCUCCGUCUUCGACUCCUAUCCCUAAUCAGAGUUAUCCAAAUAUGUCAGCCAUGUCUAACAUGGGGUACCCUCCGAAUCAAAAUCCAUACCCGAAUGCGACCGGGCAAAAUUUGGCAGCUUAUGCUGGUAAUCAGUUCCAAUACACAAGCAGGCCUUGGUUUAGACCGCGGUAUGGGUCUCCUCAGAGUUCUCCUUACGGUCCAGGGGCAGUGCCUCCUCCGAAUGGGCCGCCAAUGUCUGUUCCUCCUCCUGGCUCAAACAACUACAAUUACUGGCAAGACAGCUGAGAUCUGGGUAUGAUUGAGGAGAAUAUUUACUUGGACUAUUAGUAUUUCAAGGCACUACUUUUUUCGGUCAAGCAGUUUUAUAUGAGUUUCUUAGCUGCGGCGGAUAAUAAAAAUUUGCAAAAGUUACGUUUAUUGCUGAUGCUGAUUAGAAAGAGAGGAUUAGUGUCUAAAAUACAUUCUAAUGCCACCAGACCAGUUGAUCUCAAAAUAUGUGAAUGAUCAAUUAAUAUCAAAUUUAUAAAAGUGUUACAAUUCAUAAGUGAAUUACAUAUUUUGUCUGCAACAAAAGUGAACAAUUUUUCACCACAGUUUUUCAUGUAAAAUAUAUCUAUAUAUAUCGCUUACCCUAUUAUUACAUGUUAACGGAGUAAAACUUACUUGUAACUUUAGUCUACUAAGCAUGAUCACUGUGUGUUGACUGAUAAUUAUGUAUUAAUACUUAUUAGUAAUGUGUAAAUAAGUGUGCCUGGGAAACACAAGGCACAUCAGUUCAGGUCUGCGGCGGAGAUUCGUGAAAUAGAAACCAAUCAAAAAAAUGACGUAUAUUUUAAGGAUAUAUAUAUAAAUUAAUGAUUUCAUUAUACAAAUACUUCAUUAAAAUGUUAAAUUUGAAAAAUAAUUAAGAAUCAUUGAAGUAUAAACUUUUUAUUAAUUACUAUGCAGUACCUUUUGGUAUAAAAGUAUUGAUUGCCAACGCAGAUUACGAUCAGUCUGUAAGCGCCUUAACUAAUCACUAAACUGUUAAUGUAAGAUUGAUUAGUAAAUUUUAUGAUUUACAUUUCAAAAAUGUACUGUGUAUAAAUGUGUAAUAUAGCAAAAUAUAUAUUAUAAAAACUAAA